GUUAGAUAUUAGUGCGGUUUUUGUUAGUAACUGUGAAUGUUUUCAUUUGACCACAUGUGGACUUUAGUGGUAUUCUUUGCCGUGGUGGCCGCGGGCGAAUGCUUUGUGGAGACUGAUCAGUUUAUGAGCGAUCUUGAUAAGCCGGUGCCGACAGCGCACGUAGGCGGCGUAAUGGGGAAAAAGGCUUCGCUGCCAUGCGACACGCAGCCUUUGUCCGGAGAUGACCAAAUCGCUAUGGUGCUGUGGUUCAAGGAACCAGACUGGGAGCCACUAUACAGCUACGACGUGCGGGGAAGAACAGUGUACCAGCCAAAGCUGUGGUCUUCACCGAAUGGUUUCGGCUCCAGAGCUUAUUUCCGCGCUACAGCCACACCAGCAACCUUACUGGUGGAUGGCGUCACUUCAAGCGAUAGCGGGAUCUAUCGAUGUCGCGUGGACUUCAAGAAUUCACCUACUAGAAACUUGCGUAUCAAUUUCACGGUUAUAAUACCGUCGGAGCGGCCCGUGAUAAUGGACGCCAAGACCCGAAGCAACACUCGUCUACUUGAGCCAUUCGACGAAGGAGACGAUCUCGAGUUGCUUUGUGAAACUCAUGGAGGCGAUCCCCGACCGAGCCUCAUCUGGUACCUGGAGAACACUAUCAUAGACGACUCGUUCGAGCACCAGGAGGGUGGCAUCACCACCAAUACGCUCUCCUUCCCCCGCGUGGGUCGCCAGCAUCUCAACGCUCGGCUCAUCUGCCGGUCUUCCAACACCAAGCUGGCACCUCCACUGUCGAGGCUUCUCAUAUUGGACAUUAACUUGCGGCCUCUGACGGUUCAGAUCACCAACAAGAGCAGCAAGCUAUCUGCAGACCACGAUUACAGGAUCAAGUGCAGGAGUACUGGAUCCAGGCCACCUGCCGUUAUCACCUGGUGGAAGGGAGUCAAAUUGUUAAGAAAAAAUAUCCAAUAUUUUUCUGAUUCAAACUCUACAACCAGCGUAGUGAUUCUGACGCCUGAAGCCGAGGAUCAUAACGUGAAACUCACCUGCAGAGCUGAUAAUCCGAGGAUACAUGAUGCAGUCAUUCAAGACUCCUGGAAGCUCAAUGUACAUUAUAUUCCAAUUGUGACUUUAAAGUUUGGUUCCAAUUUGAAUCCACACAACAUUACCGUAGGUGAUGAUGUUUAUUUCGAAUGUCGUGUUCAAGCAAACCCCAAGGCAACUAAACUGUCAUGGUUUAAGCAGGGAGUAGAGCUUCGUCACAACCCUCAAAGUGGGGUGAUCUUGAGUGAGAGCACUUUGGUGCUGCAACAAGUGAGCCGCGGUAAUGCUGGAGACUACAGCUGUGCUGCAAUGAACGAAGAGGGAACUGGCUCCAGCAAUGACCUCAACUUAAUCGUCAGAUAUUCACCGAAAUGCGAUGCUUCUGUCGACGGUCAAGCUUACGGAGCUUUGAGAAGCGAGACUGUUCAAUUACUUUGCAAAAUAGACUCAAACCCUCCUCCCAGUGAAUUCAUUUGGGCAUUCAACAAUUCUGGAGAGUACAAACUGAUCAAAUCAAGUAUAUCUACCUCAUUGGAGUACACUUCAACGAUCCUGUACACUCCCGUGAAGGAUGAAGAUUUCGGGACGAUACUGUGCUCCGCGUCCAAUUCGGCGGGGAGACAGGCAGUACCGUGCGUCUUUACGGUGUACUCGGUUGCUCGGCCGAGUGCGGUGCACAAUUGCUCAGUGAAUCAGACGAGCCAGGAAUUAGCAGUUCAGUGCUCGGAGGGGAUGGACGGAGGGUUGCCGCAGAUGUUCUAUAUGGAGCUGUUGCAGUUGCCGGCUAUGGUUAUGCAUGCAAAUAUUACAUCCAACGUAUCAACAUUCAGCGUUGCAGAUGUGGACUUGAGCUUUAGUUAUUUGGUCAACCUGUAUGCAGCCAACUCUAAAGGACGAAGUGACGUUGUAACUUUGCACACAACCGCUGUUAGACCACCAGACAGAUUUAUAGGUGGUGGUAUCCCAGGGGCAAUAACGCCGAUGAUGGUGCUGAUAGUGGGCACGUCAGCAUUACUGAGUGCGGUCGUGUGCGCGAUCACCGGUGUAUUGUACAGGAGACAUACAAGUCAGCAUCGGAAACACCAACCCUCCACUAAUGAACUCUACAUGGAUGGCAGUGUCGAGUCGAUGCAGAAACGCGAGAAUCUGAGCACUUAUGCUGUAUCGCCCAAGAUAGACUACAACAGUCAGUUUGAACUGAAGGCGGAGCCGGGAGAAGAGGAACCAGACAUUAUUCUAACAAAUAAGAAGUUAGAAGUGGAGUACAAUAAAACGUUAAUAACUGAAGCUGAUGCUCUGAGUUCCUUCGAUGAUCGAGCGCACAGUUUAACCAAUAAUUAUAACAUAUCGGUCGUGAAUCGCGGCGUGACCGCAAGCAGCGCGGACAUCCUUGCUUCUCGCUCGUGUCCGCUGCACCUGCCGACUUCAGCGUCUCGAACGUUCUCAAGCGUUCGAGAGAGUUGCAUAUAAGCCGCUUUUCUCUGUUUAAUUAGUAUUAAGCGUCUAACGGCCGUUCCCAAUAUUCAGUCUAUCUCUUACUUGAGAUAAAAAUCGUAACUAUCGUUGUGGUAACUU